AUGCCAGUCUUAUCAUAUCGGCUCGAACAACAUGCAUGGCGAGGGCUUCAGAAGGCCAACAUGAAUGCGUGGGAGGUUCAUUUACACUUUCAACACGCGGAUCGUGCUUUGAAGGACCUCAUCGAUGACCUAGACUCGGAAGCUGCAAAAGCAUUCGCUGCGCUCUUCCGCAAGCGCUUGCGCUUCCGAAUCUUUUCAGUGAAGGCUGCACAGGAGGCACGAGCUCACGAUUUCAGGCUCUUGAACCCCGAGUCGGAAGUCGCCGGUUACCCACGAGCCGUAAGCGUUUUCUCCAAGAAACUAACUGCGAGGGCGGCACGCAGUCAUUGA